AUGAAGAUAUGUCUACGCUAUCUCUACCAACAAGGUAUUGGUCAGGAACUUGGUGUUAGUCAAGCGACGGUAUCUCGGACUAUACAUAGAGUCGCGAACAGCAUAGUUGCACAGGCGAACGAAUGGAUCAAGUUUCCAUCUACCAUCCAUGAACUGAUGGAGGCCAAGCGGAUAUGGCAAAGCAUGUAUCAAUUUCUGACAGCAAUUCGUAUAAUUGAUUAUACACAUAUAGGAAUUCUGAAACCAAAUCGCCAUGGAGAUGAGUAUAUCAACCGAAAAGGGAAACCUACUGUAAAUGUGCAAGCCACUUGUGAUGCCACAGAGAUGUUCACAAGUGUUGAUGUCAGUUGGCCUGGAUCAGUGCAUGAUUCCAGAAUAUGGAGAAAUUCACAGACUAGAUCAUAA